GAAAAAUGACAGAUGACGGCCGAACAGUCAAAAAUCGAAUGUUAUUAUUUAGCGCUGUGUUUGCAUAAUCGUCGUGGUAUUUCAACAAGGUGAACUUUUUUGUCUUUUAAUUGCCAGAAUUUAAUAUACUACGAAAUAAAACAGAGCCAAUACGUGCGACUAAUUCGUAAAAUUUAAGACCAAAAAAACUAAGUUUUAGCAAGUCAUUUUGUGAUCACUGAAGUUUUUACGAAUUGGGGUCAAAUAGUGAGCGUAGAACCAAAUAAAAUUCGUGUGUAAUACGUAUAGUAGAUAAGCUAACCAACUUGCGGCAACAACAAAAUCAACAGUCCUUGGCUGCCUAAAAUUGAUAUUUCCUUUGUGAACGUGUGACCAAUAAAACUCGCCAUCACGUCGCAAUACGCCCUAUUAACCGUUAAGCACAUUAUUUGUGUCUACAAGGUGAAGAAAAAAUUCAUCGAACCAGUGAACAAUACGUAAAAUACUCGAAACCAAAAGCAUUCCUUGUAGAACAAACAUUCAGUCACGAAUCACAACUAAGUAGCCACAACCGCAUACACCCUGUAGUACCUACUACGUUCAAUUAAACACAUUCCAGUGGUGUCUAUCUUGUUGCUACAACGUUCCUUUAGCACGCAACGCACACCAACAAACGAUGCCAGUCCAAUCACCAAUCGCAAUCAGCAAUCGAGCUAUUGAACAUAUAGAUGAUGUCGAUCCUCUUGAGUAUCAUGGUCAUUGGGAGCCAGUGGGCAUUGCACGUGUCCAGAAUACAGGCACUUCCGCGGUGGUAACAUUCGCCAAACGCAAACAGCAGCCGUACAUUAAGGGCGGCUGCUUACAUGACAACAAAUACAUUUUUGAGCAGCUGCAUUUUCAUUGGGCCGAUACGGAUGAGUCGGGUUGCGAGCACACGCUUGAAGGUAACAAGUACUCGAUGGAGGCACAUGCCGUACACUACAAUUCCAAGUAUAAGAAUUUCACAGAGGCAAAGAAUAAACCCGACGGCUUGGCUGUGAUCGCGUUCUUCAUACAGGCGUGUGGUGACAAAGAUUGCCCUGAAUUCAAAAAGAUCACUGAAGGUAUACGUAUAGUGCAGAAGAUUAACACAAGCGGUUCGCUGGAUUCGGAUUGCUUGUCCUGGAUUGGUUUGCAGGAGCUAAGCAAACAUUACUAUACUUAUAAGGGAUCACUGACCACGGCACCAUACUUCGAGAGCGUCACUUGGAUCAUCUAUCGCACGCCGAUUUACGUCUCCAAGGGACAGGUUCAAGUAUUUCGCAAUUUACAAUCAUGUCCAAAGGAUGAGAGUAAGAAAAUAGUCAACAAUUACCGUGAAAUUCAGCAGCCACACAAAGAUCCUGAAAUUUAUUUCGCUCGAAACGCCAAACCAAAAUCGAAAUUAUGAUUUGCUGAAUAUGCGCAGUUGUAGAAGGACAGACCUGAACAUAUAUCACAUACAAUAACAAAGGGAAUUGAAGUGUACAACUAAGUAUUUAGAUUUAGAAAUUCACUUCGCAAUUCACGCAAAUAUAAUUUUUCUUUAUGUAUGUAUGUAGUUGCAGUAGGGUUGGCACUUUCCAUGUACAUCUGCUUAUACACGUCUAAAUGUGUAUGCCCAAAUGUGCAACCACCGACGCACUCAACUAUUCCACUUUUGUCACUCAGUCAUAUGUGUACGUAUUUUAUUAAACAAAUGAGUAGAUAUACGUACUAUAAUUAAAUAUUUACCUUUAUAACUAUACAAAAUACUAUGUGAAUUCACAACCAACAAAAGAAAAUGCUGAAUGCAAAAAACAUCGGUUGUUGAAUAAUUAAUUUUCCAUUAUUAUGUGAUUUAUUGUUGCACUAAAAAGGCGCUAUUCAUGUGCUAUCUCUGGGUAUUACUUACCUCUAAACUACUAAAAUACUGAUAAAUUUUUCCUAUAUAGUAGUAUACCCAUGCUAUUUGUACUAUAUUUAAUUUUAUAAUAUUUAUUAUGCACGUUGUGUAGGGUCUACAUAUGUAUGUAAAAGCAAACAAAAGGGUGUCUAAAACAAUCCGAAAUGUUAAGGAAUUGUAUUUUUUUAAUUGCAAUAUAGAAUUCUGUUAGAGUUAAAAUUUGUUUUAUUUAAUGUUAAAUGUAUGUAUGUAUGACAUACUAGUAUUUGACUACUGUUUGUAUGUAUUGUAUAAUGCUUGUUACGAGGAAUUGUCAUAUUUUUAUAUUCAAAAGAGAAAAUAAGCAAACGACUUGUGUCGUAAGUACAUGAACACAUAUGUAUUUCAAAGAAAUAUAAGUCCAAAACCAAAUUAUUAAAUAUUAUGUAAUAUA